UAGGUGCAUAAGUGAAUGAGUUCGUUUGAGAAGUGCUGAGCAUUUAACAUGGGGCAGUCUGGAAAAGGAUCUGCAAUUUGCACCAUAAAGUACCUCUUCCUCAUUUUCAAUGCCAUAAUAUGGGUACUUGGAUGUGGAGUGUUUGCAGUAGGAAUAUGGAUGCAGGCAAACAGGGAUUCCUUCUCAGUGGUUCUGCCCAGCCACAGCUUCCUGACCGCGGCUUCCUUAGUGAUAAUAGCAGGAACCAUAACUCUUGUCAUAGGCUUUGUAGGCUGCUGUGGUGCUUUAGUUGAGAACAAAUGCAUGAUGGUGGUUUAUUUCAUUUUUGUCCUGAUUAUAUUUGGACUAGAAGUUGCAGCUACAGCAUUGAUAUUAUCAUAUCAGAAGGAUAUCAAAACAGCAAUAAAAGAAGAAAUGUUAUACAGCUUAGAGUACAGUUCUGAUCCACAAGUCCAGUCAGAAAAGAGGGAAGGAAUCUUACAGCUCAUUGAUACCAUACAAACAGAUCUCCAGUGUUGUGGUGUGAAUAACUACACGGACUGGUAUGACAUAGGAGACCAGGGUAAACAGGUCAGACCCUCCUGUUGUGUGGACCCUGCACCAGACUGUGAACAGUCCCAGAGCUUUCUAUGGAACACAAAGGGUUGUAUGGAUGAAAUAGAAUAUUUGUUUUCCAAGAAAAUGCAGUACAUUGGGAUAGCUGGUUUAUGUGUGGCAGUUGUUCAGAUACUGAUGAUGGCAGCUUGUAUAAUGUUAUUCUGCAACAUGAGAGAUAAAUCUAAAUAUUGAUAUAUAAAACUGGAUUAAAAAGCCACCAGAAGGACAACAAAUAGCCUCGAUAUUUACCAAAGACAGUAGUGAUACAUGUAGCUGGUCAGUCUCUAUUUUUUACCUGUACUGGACACCACAUUAGAGGAGAG